CAGACAAUAUGAAACUUCUUAUCGUUUUCGCUUUUUGCCUGAUCGUUGUCGCGGCUUUGCCUGCACCGAACCAGCAGGACGAUGAGGAUCAAGAACAGCAAACCCGAAGAAAAUUAAAGAGUGUUCGCUUACAACUAGUCGACAACGAUAAAAAACAUUCAACUCAACUCGGUCAAGGAAACGCUGCAGCAGCCCAGAGAAGUUACUAUGGCAAAUCCUACGAUCUUGGCAGCCUGAGUUUCAGAUACUAUUCUCCGUAUUAUUAUGGCUCCUACAGACCGCCAUAUUAUGACACCGGUGACUACUACAACAAGUACAACCGCUAUUACAAGCCAACUUACGGAAAUACCGGCUAUGGAUAUGACACAAACACGUAUUACGGUCAAGGUCAAGGAUAUACCAAUACUUAUUACAACCAAGGAUACCAACCAUACUUGAGAGAACAGGACGACGAUGACGAAAACUAACGUUAAGGUUUCAUCGACCCUGCUACGGAACAUCUUCAAAUCGCGUAUUCAAUAUAUCUGUUAUAAUUCGAGAAUAAAUAGAUAAACUGCAGCU